AUGUCAACAACUACCAAGACCAUCACGGCAGCCUCACAGGUCCGCCUAUCCCCAGACCACCUGGGCAUCAUGCGCGGCGCCGCCGCACCGCCCGAAUCCCUCGCCAUCACAGACCAGCUCCUCCAGAAAAACCACGACGAGCUGCACAUCUUCUUCCGCGACAUGAACGGCCACAACCACCUCGCCCACAACCUCCUCACCCGGCUCGCCCUCGGCGCCAGCCCCGCCGAGCUACGGACGGCCUUCGACGACGACCUGCCCACCCAACGGCCCCUGCCGGCCCUCGACGCCGACGUCGUCCUCAAAAUGCAAGACCCCGACUACUUCCACGCCCGAAUCGGGCAGAUCGCGCACUACACCAAUUUCCUCGUCUACUUCGAGCAGCAGAUCGAGCAGAAGGGGUGGCGGGCGGUCGUCAACGAAUACGUCUUCAGCGGUAGUAAGAUUGCGGAAGCGCUGCUGGCCCUCAUGUUCGACGGCGCCUACCACCCCAUCAUCCACCUGGGGCUGGGCGUCGAGUUCGCGCAGCCCAGCAUCGUCGCCGAGGCCCUCGCGCAGGCCGCCGCGCACGACUCGUUCGACACCGACUACUUCUUUCGCACCGCUGAGCAGCGCGCGCAGGAUUCGGACGUCGCGUCGAUCGAUGCGGACAGAUCGCUGGUCGAAAUCUUGGGCGACUUCGCAGCCAACGACGCCGUCCGCCGCGCCGGCCGCACCGAGGGCCUGAUCGGCACGAAGAAGAUGCAGGCGAUGCUGAAGCAGGCCGGGCCGGAACUGACGUCGCUGGCGGCACGUUUCCGCGUCACUGCCGAGACGCUGGAACGGCGCACGGCGGAGAUGAUGAGCUUCUGCGCGUACCUGGCCGGCGCGGCGCAGCGGGCGGGCAAGGCGGCGAAGGUCGACUUCUUCUUCAUGCACUGCGUCACCAGCUCCAUCUUCGUGGCCGUGCUGGCGGGGCAGCCGUGGAUAGACGUCGCGAGCCGCGUGCGGCUGGUCGAGUGGAAGGGCAGGCUGGAUCUGGUGUGGUAUGCGGUGUGCGGGCUGCCGGAGUUGAGUGUGGAGAGGGUGGUGGGGUAUGAGGGGGGUCUAAGUGUGGGGAUGGACUGGGCUUCGCUCUUCGGUGCUGUCAAUGAGCAGCAUGAUGAUGGACAUGUGGCGAAGUUUGUGCGCGCGCUGAGGCAUGGGGAGGAGGUGUCGAGGCCGUUUGAGCAGGGUGAGGGUGCGGGUGCCUUCCCGGUGAGUGGGGAUAUGUGGUUGAAGAUUGCGAGGAUGGCGUAUGACACGACUUUGGAUCUCCCUGCACAAGCUAAGUGGGUGGUCAUGGCUGGUAUGGACAAGGCUUGGGCCCAGGUUCCGAAGCUGGAAUAA